GUUAAAUCAUAGUUAAAAACAAUUUGUAAGUUAAUUGUAUCGUUCGACGUCAACGAUAAUGGGUUCAGAAAUAAAUGGACAUUAAAUUGCAGUCUACGAAAAUAAUAUAAUGUACGAGGUCCGAUUAGGAUGUCCAUUGAACAUGGUAGUUGAAUUAUUAUUGUUACUUUUCUGCUCUUCUUUUCUUUAAGUAAUGUUGUAUUGAAAAUGUGUUCUAUUACUAGAAUAUCGCAAAAAUGUUUCACAACUUUAGGAAAUAUAAUUUAAAUCAAUAACAAUGGUGUGUUGCACUGGGCAUGCUCAACAUUUGUCACCCUCAUCCAUACUACACCCCUUAUAAUAAGGGGUAGUGGAUCAAUGUGAAUGGUUUCUCUGAUCAAUAGUGCAAAUUCAAGCCAUAAUGUGAAUACACAGGGCUGCUUAGUUUAACCCAACAUACAUUUAAAGCACAAACAAGAGAGCUGUUUAAUAAAUUUAGUCAAUAUGUAUCUUGUGAUAAAUAUGUUUAGGUGGUUUGUAGUAUGUGAUCUCCAAUAAAUGUCUCUCUCUCUCUCUGUGUGUGUGAGAGUGUGUCUAUGUGUGCCUGUGUGGGGGGUGUGUUUUCCAUGUUAAAUAAGUAAUAAGUCCUGUUUCCCCUGUGGCAAGAGGUCCGAGGGACUUUUUUCACUUUGAGUUUUGUGGUGUAAUCAUUCGAUUCAAAAUGCAAACCCUAAGGAAAAAGACUAGCCCCAUGAAAUAUAAGAAUGAGACGGUACGUUUCGUGGGCGAUGGCGUUUGCUUUAAAGCAAAGCUCAUCGGAAUCUUGGAAGUUCCGGAAGCUCGCGGGGAUAGGAUGUGCCAAGACGCAUUGAACGAUUUGAAGAUAGCCAUAAGGGCUGCCGGAGAACACAAGCAAAGGAUAACUAUUAACAUAGCUAUUGAUGGUUUGCGUUUACGGGAUGAGAAAACUGGAGAUUCCUUGUACCAUCAUCCGGUUCAUAAGAUUUCAUUCAUUGCUCAGGACAUGUCUGACUCGAGGGCGUUUGGAUAUAUUUUUGGGUCACCUGAUACUGGCCAUAGGUUCUUCGGAAUUAAGACUGAUAAGGCGGCGAGCCAGGUGGUAAUAGCGAUGAGGGAUCUGUUCCAGGUGGUGUUCGCAAUAAAGAAGAAAGAAAUGGAGAUGGCCAAGAAGUUCGCUUCGUCUCCGAUUUACUCAGAUCGAAGCUUAUCCAACUCCAAAAGCAGCUCACCAGAACCAAAUAAAAAUGCAAAUUUGGAUACCAAAGGUGGAGCCUGCGGUAGUGAAAUACGUCCUACUCCAGCCGUUGCCGAUCUGGUAGAUUUAGAAUUGGAAUUGAAUAGUUUGCAGCAGGGCUUAACGCAAAUGGAAAGAAUCACACCUUCCGAUCCUUUUGGUCCCAAAGACGAUCCCUUCGGAGACAGCUUUACAUCUUAUCCUCAAAAGCCAAUCUUGCCUCCUCCGCCAUCUGGUCGAGAACGUGCCAACAGGUCUUCGGAAUCCAGCAGCUUAUUUAGUCCGAAAACAGGUGCAGACUCGACUAGUGCUAAUGACCUAUUUGGAUCGAGAAAUCUGGGAACCCCGAAAGAAUUUACUUUCAAUGAAUUCAAUAGUUCGCAUGACGAGCCCAGCAGUGGCGACUGGUUUACUCCAUCUGGUGGUAAUAGUUUAUUUGAAGAUGCUCCGCCACCAACGACAGAGCAACAACCGUCUAAAGAUCAACACGAAACGGUUAAACAAGAAAUCAUGUCGCAAUUCGACGUUUUCACAGAGUUAGAUCCAUUAGGUACGAAGACAAUGAAUCCAGAACUAGGUACUGGAAAGAUUAAGCCAUACGUCGACAAAAAGCACUUCUUUCAAGAGCUCAAGAAUCCUCCGAAGAAGGUGUUGAACGAUUUGGUAUCCGAUAAACCACAGGAAGCGUCCUUGUUUCCAGCGACUUUCGAUCAGUCGAUUAACAAAUCUACAAACAGCGUGAGCAGCGGUGAUCCGUUCGGAGAAGAUCCCUUUGGACAAACGGAUCCUUUUGCCGAAGCCGAUUUCAACAAGCAGGAUGUCUUCGACGAGUUCUCGGAUUUUAAAGUAAACAAUGUUCCUACAGAACCGGUGAAAAUAAAUACCGAUUUGUUUACGCCUAUGUCGAAGUCGCCCAAGACGCCUUCCUUCUUGGAGAAGCAAAUGUCAUUGGCUGGAACGUCUCCGAGGAACAAUUUGUUUUCUAAACAGAAUACAUUCGAUUCACCAUUUGAUUACAAGAAGAAUUUAUCAAAGUUGUAUGAGAAUCCAAGCUUAGAUUUGUCUUCGGAAUCUGAAUGCGCUCCGGAUCCUCCUCCAAGGCCAAGUAAUACUCUGCCGCAGAUAAAGCCUCCGCCGUUGCCUCCAAAGAAGCAAGUGCUUGGUGAUAUCGCAGCUAAACCUCCUCCCCGGCCACCGCACACCGAAGAAUCUCAUUACGAUUAUAUUGAAAAGUACGAAACUAAUUAUGUUGUGGCUGACCCAAAGAGUCCUCCGAUCCCAGCUCCUGCACGUAAAUCGAAGUUUGAAUCAGAGCCGGACGAGGAAGAUUACUUAACACCAAUCACGUUUCCUACAGUCGAUAUUAAAACUAAAGCAGCACCGCUACUUCUUCCUCCUCCAUUGAAAGCCAAUAAGAAGAAGCCGUUGGAACCACCGCCACCUGCUGAAGUCUCGAAUAUAUCCAACCUCUCUUUAGAUGGAUUAGAUAUAACAUUGAGUCAACUGACUUUGAGUGGAUUGAACGAAUUGGCAAACAAACUUCAGAUACCUGCAAGCCAAUUGAGUAACAUGACCCUAGCACAAUUAACUACGUACCUAUCGAAUUUUAUUAAAAACUCCACAAAGCCUGAACCCGAAACAACUUCAAAGGAUGCUGAAAAUUUUGCUUCAUUUGCGAACGAUGAUUUUGCAGACUUCAAUCAUUUCAACAACACUCCUCCUGUUAAUAACGAAACGUACGAUCGUUACGCCGCUUUUAGAGAGCUUCUGCAGGAAGAGAUAAAACAAACUAAAAUCGAUACAGAACCUGAGGAGAUUGCGGAAACUAAACAACCAGAAGAAAAAGUAAUUGAAUUGAAGGAGGAGGAUAUUUCUCAGGAUGUUGAAAUUGUCGAUAGGUAUGCAGCUUUACGUGAUAUUGAUACAACUGAAUUGAAAUCUACGGAAAAUAAAGUCAAUGAGGAGCUUGAGGAAGAAGAUGAUUACGAUUAUUACGAUUAUGAUGAUGAUCAUUUGGAAACUAUCGAUGAAGUCAUUACAGAGCAAAAUAAUUUAAAUGAUGAUUUCAAUAUUGAGAUGAAGUCGGAAUUGAGUAUAACUGAUUUGAAAAUUAUAGACGAUGCGAAAAUUGACAACGAAAAACCUACACCAACGGAGGUAAUCGAGGAUUAUACAAAUAACGUAUUUUCAGAAGCGAAAGUGAUCACUCCAGAAUCACCGAAGGUGCAUAUCACCGAGCCAAUUCCAAUCGAAGAAACUCAAUGUCAGAAUGUCAGGUUGAAUUCGGGGUCGCUCUCUGAUGUGGUUUCCGGAAGUUCGCCGGAAAUCGAUCUGACUGGUGGAAGCGAGAAUGCCAAGAAAACGGACACAGCCGAGAGCUGGGCUAUAUUCGAUCGACCCGUAAUUGCGGCUGAAAGUAAAGAUACUAAAGCUGUCCAAAGCGAGGAAGGUGUUUCGCCAUGGUCGAGCGAUUCGAAGGAGUUUGGUAAUGGGUCUCCACCUGAGUGGAGGCAAAGAAUCGAUUCUGAAAGCGGCGGUGAUCAGUGGAAUGGGGCGGACAAACGGAAGGAACAUGAAUCUGGCUGGUGGGAUACAUCGGCCGAACCGGAAGUGCAGUAUUAUCAGGCAAAUCGAAGAUCAACGGAUAGUUAUGAGGAUGAACGUUACGACUGUUACGAACGGCCUAGACGGAGAAGACAAACUACUUGGUCGGGACAGGCGACUGGAGGACAUUCCUCAAGUUCACGUGAUGUUAGUCCAUGGGAGGAAGAGCCUCGAAGAAGAGAUGGUAGACAAUCGUCUUGGUCUUCUAGGCAUUCGAGGCAACAUUCGUUUGAUAGACAUAGCCGAAGACCAACGGAUAGCUGGGAUGAAGAAGACGAUUAUGAAUACGAGGAUGAACAUUCUAGUCGUUUCCAUUGGCCUGAGAGACAUGGCAGUAGAGAAGCAGACAGAGAUAGGCAUACAAUGCCGCCAGCUCGUGAAGUCGAUAGAAGUGGAAGAGAUUUAGAAGAAUGGGACGAUAGAAGGAUGCAGCACAGAAGACGUAGGGAUGCAGACAGGGAUAGAUGGUGCUGCCCUGACUACGAUAUGCCAGAUCAAGAGAAACCAAGAUAUGGCAGCGGUCGGUGGUCCAAUCCUGAAAGAAGAAAGCACGAUGAAAGAUAUUAUAGUAGAGAUCAGGAAUCUCCUUGGGAGGAUGAAUACUCAGCAGAAGUCGAAGACCCACCACAACCUCAUUAUUUAACUGCAAGACGGACAAGAAUAAGACCUAGUAGCGCUUCAGAAAUGGAUCGCAAAACUGGAGAAAUUAAGACAAGACCGGGACAGUAUUAUUAUGGUGGUAGUGAUGGUGAAAGAGACAGACGUUACAAGACUAGCAGACGUUCAAAGAGUCGUGAUUCUCAGUACGUGGAGCGACACAAACUCGAAAUGACCUCGAGAACACAGCAUCGCUUAAAACAGCAUCAGCAUCAAAAGUUCGAAAACGAUUUCAGCCAGGACAUGCCGUCGAAGAAGUUGGAUGCUUCCAAAGAAGUGAUGAAGAAGCCGCCCAAUCCGCAGCGGGGAAAGAAGCUGAAGGAAAGCCCGAAAUCUGAAGAAGCAGCAACGUUUCCAAGAAAAUCGACGCAUAGGUCACAGUCUCUGUUUGAAAACGAUUUCGUUCCGGAGCCGGAAGUACAAGCUCCUGCACCGAGAUUCAAUUUUGAGAAUGAAUUCGAAACUAGCGAGGCUGAAUCCCCAACGCCGAAACCGCUUAUCACUAAGACGAAGAAGAAAAACUGGUUUGACGCAGACAGGCGACCGAAAAGCAAUCAGAAAGUAGCACGUUAUAAGCAGAAAUCUCUCUUCGAAGACGACUUCUCGCCGACGGAUAAGGCGGAUUCCGAGAUAGCCGAGAUUCCGAGUAUUAAGGAGGAACACACUGAGGAUGAUGUUGUCCCUAAGGAGAUGACAUCGAUGGCGAGAAAGCGCAUGCUGAAGAUGGGGAAAAGCAGCGAUCAUAUUAAGAAAUCCGAGUCGGUGAACAUCUUCGCCAGGGAGAACGAUCCAUUCGAUGACGACUUCUUCAGCGUCGGAGGCGGUUCCAACGGCGAAAGUUCCGGUGAUAUUAAAUGGACCGAGCAAUUUAACGAUUUCGAUAUACAGAGAGCUAAAUAGGAUGAAUUAAUUAAUUGAUCAAGAUUGUGUCAAAACAUUACAACAAAAAAUAUAUUACUUGUAGGUGGACAUAUCCAAGAAGUAAAGAGAAAUCACUCGCCUAUAUUAAAUAAAUAAUUACGUAUAAAACUGUAGCGAAGCAGAAAUGGAAGUAUACAUUGUUAAUAUUUAAAGUAUCCAUGUUCAAUUUAAUACACUCUUAAUGUUUUGGCAUACAUCGAAACCGACAAGAUUCUUAUUUUCGAAUGUUAUAUGUUGACGAUCGAUUGAUUUUAUUAUUUACAUUACAUUCUUCUAUUAUUAUUAUUUUUAUUUUAUUUUUCUGUUCAUAGUAUAAAUAAAUCGUUUCUUAAAAUGUAAUUGUACUUUAUAAAAGAAACUUGUACUGACUGGUCCACGGAAUUUUGUAAAAGUUUUAUGUAUUUGGAAGAAAGAAUGAACAAAAAAUA